CAUCCAACCAAUGGACAGGUAGAUUUUGUAGAAGAUGAGCAACAGGCUGUGCCCCUAUUGAGAGUAACAAAACGCUCGGGUUAAACCCGUGUUUUGUUAUUUGGCCUUACUAGUGUGAAGCUCGUAUGAUUUAGUUUUCUCGUUUUUCUUGUUCUGGGGGUACACAAGGAUAACUGCAUAUACGUUGUUUUAUAGCAUAAUUUGAUUUGUUCGAGGCCUUGGCAUGGAUGAGGUACGGCCUACCAGUGGUGCUCAAGCCCACGGACUGGUGCCGCUGUUUCCUCCCGGACUGCAGGCUAUCUACGGGGAAUGCAGGCGACUUUACCCGGAGCAGGCUAACCCGCUUCAAGUUACAGCCAUUGUAAAAUAUUGGUUAGGGGGACCUGACCCGUUAGACUACAUCAGUAUGUACAGGAGUAUGGGCUGUCCAGCUCUGGACAUCCAGGAGCAUUGGCACUAUGUCAGCUUUGGACUGAGUGACCUGUAUGGAGAUAACAGGGUUCAUGAAUUCACAGGGCCAGAUGGGCCUAGUGGGUUUGGCUUUGAGCUCACAUUUAGACUCAAAAGAGAGGUGGGAGAAACCGCACCACCGACCUGGCCAGCUGAACUCAUGCAAGGCUUGGCUCGCUAUGUCUUUCAGUCAGAAAACACAUUUUGUAGUGGUGAUCACGUGUCGUGGCACAGUCCGCUUGAUAACAGUGAAUCUCGAAUCCAACAUAUGUUGCUUACAGAGGACCCACAGAUGCAGCCAAUCCAAACACCUUUUGGCACCUUGAGCUUUCUUCAGAUUGUAGGUGUAUGCACAGAGGAGCUGCAGGCGGCCCAGCAGUGGAACGGCCAAGGCAUCCUGGAGCUGAUGCGUGGAGUCAAAGUAGCUGGUGGCCCCUGGCUAAUCACAGACAUGAGGAGAGGGGAGACCAUUUUUGACAUUGAUCCGCACCUACAACAGGAGAGAGUGGACCAGGGUAUUGAGACAGAGGGCUCUAACCUGAGUGGGGUCAGCGCCAAGUGUGUGUGGGACGAUUUGAGUCGACCGCCAGAGGACGAGGAGGACAGCCGAUCCAUAUGCAUAGGAUCACAGCCGCGAAGGCUCUCGGACAAAGACACCGAGCAGAUCAGGGAGACCUUGAGAAAGGGACUGGAGUUUAAUAGCAAGGCAGCGCUACCGCCUAUCAACAGCCAGAGACAGAGCCACGAGAGGCCUCAGAGUCGGAAGGACAGUUUGGAAAGUGAGAGUUCAGCGGCCAUUGUUCCUCAUGAGUUGGUCCGAACACGACAGUUGGAGAGCGUCCAUCUGAAAUUCAACCAAGAGUCAGGCACACUGCUGCCCCUCUGCCUACGAGGCCGGUUACUCCAUGGACGACAUUUCACUUACAAAAGUAUCAACGGAGACACAGCCAUUACAUUUGUGUCUACAGGAGUUGAAGGAGCAUUUGCUACUGAAGAGCAUCCGUAUGCAGCCCAUGGGCCCUGGCUUCAGAUCUUGCUGACUGAAGAGUUUGUGGAGCAGAUGCUUGGGGAUUUACAGGAACUUAACACUCGUGAGGAGACAAAGUUACCAAAGGAGUACAGUUGGCCAGAAAAGAAGCUGAAGAUCUCGGUACUACCGGACUCUGUGUUUGAUAAUCCACUGCAAUGAGACAAAGAGACUUGAUCACUAGAUAAUACCAACAAAGCCACCCACAGACACAGAUUUGCAGAGUGGACCAUCAUGAACAGGAGACCUCCCAGGAGGUGCAGUGAAUCUGAACUGAUAGAGCGCACAGAUAUGUCAUUCCCUCAGUGCACGGCCGGAGACCGUUUCACUCCUGAAGAUGAUCUGAGGGAUGAUCUCAACACUAUUGCCUGUUACUGCAUUCUCAGACAAGCCGCACUGUUGACAACAUUUCUCUGAGGCUUGAAUGUGUUGGAGAAUGUCAAAUCAGCCUGAAACCAGCCUGUCCAGAUGGUCGACCUGUAAAAGCAAUCAUUAUAAGUGACACACUAGCUGUAGAGCAAAACAUGAUGUUCUGCAAAUAAGGCCUGCCAAAGUGUGUGGUCCAGAAUAUAUGUCACUAGUACAGUUGAGCGCACAUCCUGUGAUCAGUGUGUGACAGUGUCCCAAACGAUGACCGGAUUUCCGUUCUUCAGAAAUGUUCUAUUUAUUCCACUGGCCUUAGAAAGGAUGGAAAUGUUACAUGUUGAACCUUUUUAGCAGUGUUUAGUUCAGUUGAGUUCAUGUGUAGUCUUUACAAAUGCUGGACAUUUUCCUUUUAUGUGUUUGUGGUCAUACCAAAGUCGUCAGUGUUGGCAGUCUGCUGCUAGUACUCUCUGUGUCUCAAAUGUGUCAUUAUUCAGUAAUAAUAGGCAGACUGAACUAUGAUUAACUGUUAUUUACGGUCUGUUGGUUUGGGAUAAUCACACUUGCAUCUGAACUGUUUUCUAAGGUAUCUGACAAAUACUGCAGGUAGAACCACCUUUGCUGCCCCUGUGCCAAGAACAACACUAAUGUACUCAGUCAUAUUUUUUUAAACAUGUCUUUACUCCGUUUUAUUCACGCAAGAUCAUGCGUGUGUUACAGUUAUGAAAUACAGAGUCUGUUGUAAACAUUCAAAGACUGGCAAUUUAUGCUUAGUGUCCUGAAGUGUGUUGUUUGUUUGAAUGAAAGUGAGUCAGAAAAAAAAAUCCUCAGUGCCUUGAGUUGGAAAGGACCACAAAGUCUGUGUUGACUCUUAAUGCUGCCUACAGCUCCUUGAAACAUCACUUUGAAUCAAGGCUGCUGCGUUCUUCUGUUCUUUUUCUCAUACCGUUCUUGCAUUCCAAUUUAACACUACAACAGAAUAAAAAAAAUACUUUUGCUAGUGUCUUCUUACAAACAUCUACUCUUAUACAACAUGUGAUAGCAUUGUGUUUUUGUUUCUUUUUAUUCAGAGUGACAAAUGUAAAGUUUAUGCAUCGUUGAUAUGGUAUUUUGUAAUAACUAUGUUAUUGACUGAGCUGGCUGAUUGUAAUCCCAAGUGCAUUAAAGAGUGUAGAUAUUUACAUAAAUAAAACUGCAAAACUAA